CGAGAUCGGAGGAGUCGGGCAGCCGCUCGCCUUCCUUCUCUUCCUCGCCAGUGCCCACCUAGGAUGGACCCAUUCCCAAUCCCGUUCACUGGCUGGCGAUGAAGGGGGCGAAGGCCACCGCCGGCAAGACCCCGGCCCGGGAGGCGGCGGCGAGGGAAGUCUCUCUCAUCCUCUUAGCUGGGGAUUCCCUUUCCAAGGCAAAGCACAAGCAGGAAAACAAAGAUGCAGGCGAUGACAAGGAUCUCCCCAAAAAGAAGCGGAAAUCUGGGAAAUGGCAGCAGAUGGGGCAACAGCCUCAUCUCAAGCCCAAAAUGGGCCAUAGAAAAAGAGACGCACCGGUAUAUGCUGCAGGCAGCCUGGAAGAGCACUGGCAGCUGGAGAUCCUGAGCAGAGGCCGCGUCACUUGCCCCACCUGCAGGGCUGUUGCGAGGAAGACGGUGGAAGGGCUGAAGAAGCACAUGACCAACUGCCAGCAUGAGAUGCUUACAUGCCCCCACUGUGGGAAGCAGCUGCGGUCUCUGGCAGGAAUGAAGUACCACAUCAUGGCAGACCACAACAGCCUGCCGGUGGGGACAGAGGCGGCGGCCUGCGAUCUGGGCGAGAGAGGGCGUUUGCGGAGGGUGCUGAAGCGGAUGGGGAAGCUCAAGUGCCCAAGGCAGGGCUGCACAGGCAGCUUUACCAGCGUCCUGGGCUUCCUCUACCACACGCGGAAGUGCGGGAAGGAGGCUGCCGAGCUGGAGCAGAUGGCUCUGAAGUGCCAGCACUGCAGCAAAGCCUACCGCUCCAAGGCGGGCCUCGCUUACCACCUGAAGAUGGAGCAUGUCCCGAUCUCCUUGCUGUGCCAAGACAUCCAGCCGGCCCCCCAGAAGGAGGUGGCAAGCGCAGAGCCCAGCAGUGGAGGCCGCCGUGCUCUGAGGAAGUCUGCCCAGGCAGCCGCCCACCACCUGCAGGAGGCCCUGGCCAAGGAGGCCCUGGCCAAGGAGUGGCCCAGGCGGAAGGUCUGGCAGGACCUGGUUCCUGAGGACCGGAAGCUGAAAUACACCCGCCCAGGACUGCCUGCUGUCAGCCAGGAGGUUCUGAGCAAGUGGAGGGCAGAGAUCAAGGCGUGCCGGCGGGUCCGCUGCCCAAACCAGGGCUGCGAGUGUGUCUACAGCAGCAUCUCGGGCCUCAAGUCCCACCUGGGCAGCUGCACCUUGGGGGAGUUUGUGGCUGGGAGAUACCGGUGCUUGCUGUGUGAGAAGGAGUUUGUGUCCGAGAGCGGAGUCAAGUACCACAUCAACACUGUGCAUGCGCAGGACUGGUUUGCCGUUGGCACACACCCUGCCAAGAGCUUCAAGAAGCUGCUGAAGCAGCAGUCGGAGGAGGCGGAGCAGAAGAGAGCGCCCAGGAAGCCUCUGCCCUGCGGGAGCCGCAAGAAGAGGCCACAGACUGCUGCCUCCCCCAAGGCGGCCACACCCAGGCAGGAGGCAGCGGGGGAGCAGGGGCGGCAGCAGGCAGGAAGUGGGAGCUGUGAGAAGGAGGAGGAGGAUGGCCCUCCCCCUCUGAAGCUCAGCCACAGGAGAGGGAGGGAGUAGCGGCCCCCCUCCAGUCUCUCAGGGUGGGGAGGGAUUCAUAGAAAGGAAGGGGAUCCUCUGACCACACCACUCCUCGCAUCCUGCCCUCCAGCCCUCCUCAGGCAGCCUUGGCUGCUCAAGUGACUGACUGGGGAAGAACAAGCCCCACUCCCCCCAAGGAGGCACAUUAAGGAUCCUGGUCCUCCCCAGGUGAGGUCACACUCUCCAGGCGAGGAGCCACCAGAGGUGGGACUUCCUUCCUGGCCUCAGUCGGGCAGGGGGGGAGCCGUGCCCCAACCCCGGGAGCAAAGUGGGCACUGCAGACAGAGCGUCACUAAAAACAUUACCAUAGCAAAACACUCACGCAGUUCAAGGUAAUUUUCACAUUAGUUAUCAAAAAACCAAAAUUGGCUACAUGAAAUUACUAAAAUUGUGAAUAAAAGUUUUAUACAGUCCUCUGGGUAAUUUGGAUUUGUUUAAUAACAUAAAUCAGAACAGCAUAUUGAAUUGUAUGAAGUUUGCUGGUUUUUAUGGGUAGUAUUAAACUCAGGUGUAACAAUACAUGAAUUCCAGAUUGUAUGUCACAUCUUAUAGAUUGAUUUGUAACUAAGAUGGAUGGGUUUUCUUCUGUACCCAUUUCUGAGCGUUGAGUUUUCAAAAAACUG